UCUGUGAGAUCAAUCGCGAUAUCGACAAGAGCGACAAGAGUAUGUUGUGGAGUUCAGGAAUUGCAGGAAGUUUGUGAGAGUUCUGUGUGGAAAAGAGCGUUUGUAUUCAUCAUCGUUCAGAACAUUCUAAAAAUAAUACCAUGGCGUCUAUGCCAGGUACACUAGCGUUCGAUGAAUAUGGUCGUCCGUUCAUUAUAAUUCGCGAUCAGCAGAAUCAGAAGCGAUUAACCGGGGUCGAUGCCUUGAAGUCACACAUAUUGGCAGGACGUUCAAUAGCCAACACAUUAAGGACAUCACUUGGACCGAAAGGCUUGGAUAAGAUGAUGGUUAGUCCAGAUGGGGAUGUCACAGUUACAAAUGAUGGAGCUACGAUAUUGAAACUUAUGGAUGUUGAGCAUGAGAUUGCUAAACUUAUGGUGCAGCUGUCUCAGUCACAGGAUGAUGAAAUUGGAGAUGGCACCACUGGUGUAGUUGUAUUGGCAGGGGCACUUCUUGAACAAGCAGAAAUGUUGCUAGACAAGGGAAUCCAUCCAAUCCGAAUUGCUGAUGGCUUUGAACUGGCAGCUCAGUGUGCAGUGAAGCACUUGGAGAAAAUUGCUGACACCUUUCUUGUUGAUUUGUCCAACCUGGAACCACUCAUCCAGACAGCUAUGACAACGCUUGGUUCCAAGAUAGUGAACAAGUGUCACCGACAGAUGGCAGAGAUUGCUGUACAGGCUGUUAUGGCUGUGGCAGAUAUGGAGAAGCGAGAUGUGAACUUUGAACUCAUCAAAGUUGAGGGGAAAGUAGGCGGUCGUUUAGAGGACACCAUGCUUGUCAAGGGAGUCGUCAUUGACAAGGACUUCUCACAUCCGCAGAUGCCUAAGGUCCUAAAGGAUGUGAAACUGGCAAUCUUGACAUGCCCGUUUGAGCCACCAAAACCGAAAACAAAGCACAAGCUUGAUGUGACAUCGGUGGAGGACUAUAAGGCUCUACGUCACUAUGAAGCUGAGAAAUUUUCUGAGAUGGUUCAGCAGGUGAAAGAUGCUGGUGCAACUCUUGCCAUCUGUCAGUGGGGCUUUGAUGAUGAGGCAAACCACCUGCUGCUGCAACGUCAGCUGCCUGCUGUGCGCUGGGUUGGUGGCCCUGAGAUUGAGUUGAUUGCCAUUGCCACAGGAGGCAGGAUAGUUCCCCGAUUUGAGGAACUGUCCGCAGACAAGCUUGGGUAUGCUGGUCUUGUACGAGAACUUCAGUUUGGAACCACCAAGGAUCGUAUGCUUGUGAUUGAAGAGUGCAAGAAUUCACGGGCUGUCACAAUUUUUAUUCGAGGAGGAAAUAAGAUGAUAAUUGAAGAAGCAAAGCGCAGUAUCCAUGAUGCCCUUUGCGUGGUACGCAACCUGGUGCAGGAUAACAGAGUGGUGUAUGGUGGUGGAGCAGCAGAAAUUGCAUGUGCAGUUGCAACUUCACAAGAGGCCGACAAGAUCUCAUCGCUGGAACAGUACGCUUUCCGUGCCUUCUCUGAGGCCCUAGAGAGUGUACCACUAGCCCUGGCAGAGAACUCUGGUCUGUCACCAAUCCACACAUUGACAGAAGUGAAGGCUCGCCAGGUGAAGGAAAACAACCCUGCUCUUGGGAUUGACUGCAUGCUGAAGGGUACCAGUGACAUGAAAGAGCAGCAUGUUAUUGAGACUCUGCACAGCAAGAAGCAGCAGAUUGUUUUGGCAACUCAGCUUGUGAAAAUGAUUCUCAAGAUUGAUGAUAUCCGGUCACCAAAUGAUGGCAUGAGCAUGUAAUUUGCAGAGGUGCAAAUCACCUAAUCAAAUCUUCUGAUCAAAGACUAUUUCUAAUAUACUAGUUGCUUCUUCUCUUCUAAGCAUUAAAGUAAUUAAAUACUGACUCCAUUGUUUUGUUUUACAUGUAAUUUUUAUAUGUACAUUUAAUGUAACAAUAAAGAACCGAAUCUCUGCUUCAGUAAAAUUAAAUUUUGA